AUGUUGUUCAGGCUUAUUGAACUUCAGCAAUUAAUCUUCUUCAUCUACUACCACAGAGACUGGGAAAAUAAAAAAUUUGAAUGUCCUGAACUAUAUGAACUAUCACAAGUAGUUAUGACUGUUCCUACAACACAGGUGUUGACUGCAUUACGUUUCUACGCAAGUGGUUCUUACCAGCAAGAUAUUGGAGAAAAUAGAGCUUCUUUGAUGAGUCAGUCAGCUGUUAGUCAGUGCAUAACAGAAAUUACCAAAGCUCUAAAUCAACCGCUAGUUUUCAGUAAACACGUUUAUUUUCCUAGAACUAUAGAUGAGUUGAACAUUGUCAGGCAAAAAUUUUUCGAAAAGUAUAGAAUUCCUGGUAUAGUAGGAAUUGUGGAUGGUACGCAUAUCGCUAUUGUACCUCCUAAGAGUGAGGUGUUCAAUAAAAUCAUUAUAGCAGAUUCUGGUUAUGCUCUAAGGCCUUGGAUGAUAACUCCUUUACACGAUCCACAACCAAACACACCAGAAGCUGAUUUUAACAAAUGGUUUUUAAAAACAAGAUCUCUUAUUGAAAGAUGUAACGGUGUAUUAAAAAUGCGAUUUCGUUGUUUGUUACAACAUCGAGUUUUACAUUAUAAACCUUUAAAAGCGUCUAAAAUAAUUAAUGUGUGUGUAGUCUUACAUAAUAUAUGCAUCGAUAACAAUGUUUCCAAUGACGACAUAAUUUGUGAAGACGAUAUGAUUUUUGACGAAGACGAUCUAAGAGUUAUUCAUAAUGUAAAUAAUGACCAAAUGCGAGCUAUAAAUCCCUUGUUGGUCGAGACAUGCAGAGAACAAUAA